CUGAGCUCAGAUCAUCAUGGCGUCUCCCAGUGGGAAGGGAUCUUGGACGCCCGAGGCUCCUGGUUUUGGGCCGCGGGCUCUAGCACCGGACCUGGUGGACUCGGUGGACGACGCCGAGGGCCUUUACGUGGCUGUUGAGCGGUGUCCUCUGUGCAACACCACUCGCCGGCGGUUGACUUGCGCUAAGUGCGUCCAGAGCGGUGAUUUCGUCUAUUUCGACGGCCGCGACCGGGAGAGGUUUAUUGACAAGAAGGAAAGGCUUAGUCAACUUAAGAACAAGCAAGAAGAAUUCCAAAAAGAAGUACUAAAAGCCAUGGAAGGAAAACGGCUAACAGAUCAGUUGCGAUGGAAAAUAAUGUCCUGCAAGAUGAGGAUUGAACAGCUGAAGCAAACGAUAUGUAAAGGAAAUGAGGAAAUGAAGAAAAAUUCUGAAGGCCUCCUCAAGAACAAGGAAAAGAACCAGAAGCUUUACAGCCGAGCCCAGCGACACCAAGAGAAAAAGGAGAAGAUUCAGCGGCACAACCGCAAGCUUGGGGACCUGGUGGAGAAGAAAACCAGUGACUUGAGGGAACACUACGAUCGGUUGGCAUGUUUGCGGAGGUUACACAUCCUAGAGCUCACCUCUGUCAUCUUCCCAAUGGAUGAAGUGAAGACUUCUGGGAGAGACCCUGCAGACGUGUCCUCAGAGACUGACAGUGCCAUGACCUCCAGCAUGGUGAGCAAGCUUGCUGAGGCCCGGAGGACGACGUACCUCUCCGGAAGAUGGGUCUGUGACGACCACAACGGGGACACCAGCAUUAGCAUCACGGGCCCUUGGAUCAGCCUGCCGAACAAUGGGGACUACUCUGCUUACUAUAACUGGGUAGAAGAGAAGAAAACAACCCAAGGACCUGACAUGGAGCAUAACAACCCUGCCUACACCAUCAGCGCCGCGCUGGGCUAUGCCACACAGCUAGUCAACAUCGUGUCUCACAUCCUCGACAUCAACCUUCCCAAAAAGCUGUGCAACAGUGAGUUCUGUGGAGAAAACCUCAGCAAACAGAAACUGACCCGCGCAGUGAGGAAACUGAACGCAAACAUCCUUUACCUUUGUUCUUCUCAGCAUGUUAAUUUAGAUCAGUUGCAACCCCUGCACACACUGAGGAACCUGAUGCAUCUGGUCAGCCCGCACUCCGAGCACCUGGGCAGGUCAGGACCUUUUGAAGUGCGAGCAGACCUCGAGGAGUCCAUGGAAUUUGUGGACCCUGGAGUUGCUGGAGAAUCAGAUGUGAGUGGAGACGAGCGUGUGAGCGAUGAAGAGACUGACCUGGGCACAGACUGGGAGAACCUGCCAAGCCCACGAUUCUGUGACAUCCCUUCCCAGCCGGUAGAAGUUUCCCAGAGCCAGAGCACCCAGGCGUCCCCUCCCAUAGCCAGCAGCAGCGCUGGUGGGAUGAUCUCCUCUGCUGCGGCCUCAGUGACCUCCUGGUUCAAAGCUUACACUGGACACCGCUAACGAGUGGGGACCAAAACUGCUCAUUUUGUGUCUGGGAAUCCCCCACUGCACUCAUGACCUUGUCUGUGUAGUUGGUAGAGCUUGGGAGCUAUCGUCAGGACAGGAGGAGGAGGGGGAGGGCCUGAGCUGGGGCUUCCUGGGCCCCAAGUCCUCCGGACGCUGGUCCCUGGGUGCCGAGUCUUCCUGACACUGAGUUCUAGGCUUUGGUCAGAGCACACAGACAUUUCUUGGUCAUGAGGACUGAAAGACAAAGGCUGAGUUUGUUUUUCUGUCAUCCUCUCGAGAGACCGGCCAGCAGGCCAGUGGCAGUUUUGGCCUCAUCAGGGAGAGGUGUUGUCUGGGGAGGGAGGAGGUGAAAGCUCACUGCUGUCGUCAUUGUGUGUCACAUUCCUGAUUUCCUACUACACACCAAAGAAACGAGGUUUAUUUCUGUGGACCCAUAUCUGCGAGUGGGGGAAUCUGCAGGGAUAAUGGCUGUCUAAACAGUUUUCUCUUGUAUUCUGAAGGGGGAUGAGUCUUCGGAGUUCUCUGUCCUGCACUCCCGGGACCUUCUUCCUUGUCAUUCCCUGGAUGAGCUGAAUGCUCCCUGAGCAUUGGUUGACCACUUGAUGAUUAAGUGGCCCCUUGCUUGCUGUCUGGUUUCUUCCGUGGUGGUGGUGGUGGUGGGGUUGACUAGUAGCAGGUGUUUCCAGGGAAACCUCCCUGCUUGCCUGUGGGGUCUCCAAGGCUCUGAAGA